AUGCGAAGUCGAUGCGAUGCGAAAUCUCAAUCUCAUCUCUUCCUAUGCCCCACAAAAAUAAUGCUGAAUCAUAUAGUACUGGCGCUUAUUAACAGUACUCGGGUGCUGCGUGGCCCGUAUAGGCUAUCUCGACGCUCAGUUUCCGGCUCAAAUGUUCAAAUCAAACUCAACCAUUUUCUCAACACAGGCGAAAUCAUAAAACGAACACCCGCCCAAACACAUCGAAGGAACUCAAAAGCCAUACAAAAGGCAAACGGCGCAUACUCUGGUCAGAAAAUAAUAUCCAUUCUUCAAUCCAGGUACGACGGAAAGCUUCAAAAUGCGGCGGGGGGUAUGAUAAAUGUGAACAAACUCACCACCAAAGAUAUCAAUGUUGCCUCUGAAAAGUCGCUCGAAAUCUUUCAGGCUCUCGUGGGCACAAAGAAAAUAGACAGAAAGCCCAUCGACCAGAAACUUUUGCUAACAUUGCUUGGAACUAAUGCCAUGCAACUAAAAGACCCGUUUCUUGUGACUCGAGAUGUUCUCAAACUUCUUGAACGAGACAAUGACACUGUCAGGGCAGAGACCUUGGCACGAAUGGCUGGUUCUCGAGGCGGUGUGGUCGCCAUGAACGCAAUACUCCAAUGGCACUUUGACCAUGGUGAUAUCAAAGGCGGUUUGAAAUGCUUUAAUGAUCGAAAAAAAUGGGGCAUUCCUUCUACGUCAUACACUUAUACCAUAUUGUUCGAUGGUAUUUCGAGAGCCUCGUCUUGGGGUGGGGUUUCUGCUGAAGCCUGCCAAAAGUACCUAACUCUUUUUGACACUUUUAGAGAAAAGGCAGCUGAACUUCGUGAAUCAGGGAAAACAGAUUUGAAGUGUACUGUAGAACAUUUCAAUGCUUGUCUUGGUAUAUUCGUCAGAAGCUUUGUAAAUGAUCAAGAAUUUGCAUGGAGCUUCUUUGACAAGCUUUUACCAGACCCAAAAUCCACACUUCCAGCCAUAAUCCCCACAUGCCAGACCUUUACUAUUCUUUUAAAUGGGGUAAAGAGGAAAGCCCAGGCAGACUCAGAUAAAAUUAGCCAGAAUUCUGGAUUGACCAGAAAGGAAAAAAUCGAAAAGUUGGAUGAAAUUAGGCAAAACUUGGCCUACACCGCUGACCAGAUACUAGGAAAAGUGUUAACAAGUGCCACCCCUCCAGUACCUCCCACUAAAGAAGAAGCAGAGCACAACCCUGAAGUUCUUACUGAUUAUAGACAAAAAAGCAGACGUCUAUUGGUGGACGUGGACGAGGCAUUCGUGAGUGUCUAUGUUUCUUGUUUCAUUAACACUUUUUUGUAUAUCCAAUCUCUAGGUAACACAAACCUUGAUAGCAUCAGCUACGGCCUCACUGCAUUGAAGGUCUGGUGUCCUGAAGUGGAGAAUAUCAUUAGGUUUGCAAACGGUAACGUUUCGAGUGAAAUAUCAUACAUCAAUAACCCUCAAGUUGACUCGACAAAAAUCAAUCCUUUGGUGACCUUCCCUCCGUCCCUCCUAUCCCGAAAUAAGAAUCGUGCCUUAUUCAGCGGAAAGAAGAAGCCACUCGUAGACCUUUCAAGACACACGGGGGCAGAAGUUCGUACCAUGUUUCUUCACAACCAAUACUUAUCGUCGAAAGGUAAAUUUGGUAAAAAAGCAUCGGCUGAUUUUAUUCGUUACUUCAAUGGCAAGAAACAGCCGCUUAACAAAUUUAUUUUGAUGUUGGUUUUGGACGGACUAUUGAAAUUGGGAAAGUUUCAGGAAUUUUAUCUUGCAGUAUGGUAUAUGCUUUCGAAAUGGGGUGCAGUAAAAGUGGAUAAUAAAGAAUUGCUUGAAAGAUACCGCAAUGGAGGUGUCCAAAAAGGUUUAUUGCCUUUGGUAUUACCCGAAUCAACCAAAAGCAGUGGAAAUAUCAUUACUGAAUGUGUCGAUAUCAUGAUGGUGGAAAACUUCAUCUUCAAAAUAAGCGAAAAUUUUCCUUAUCAGCAAGAGCUGUUUGCUGGUAGACUUGUGACUGAACUUGUUCAAGCCGUUGUGACCGUUAAUAACAAAGAUCUCCAAAUAAGGCCAAAGACGGUUGAUGCCGUGUUUUCCGUAUUGACUUCCGAUAUCCAUCACUUCAACGACUCGAAUUACAAUCGCAUGAUUGUAGCAUCGAAAAAAAGGAAUGUGCGUGAUAACACUCCAAAGAAAUCACUUUUGGACAAACAACUCUUAUCGUUCAUGCCAACUUUGAAUGCCUUUAUGGAUACCUUGUUGCUUCAUUCUCGCAAUAAUGGAAAGAAGAGCCUACCAAACUACACCAUUGAUUCGUAUAAUCGAAUCAUCGAGCGUAUAUACCGUUCGACAUGGUUUCCUCAAAACUCUACUGAAUUUGUCAACAUACACAAGUUGAUAAUUCGGUCUGGAGUUCUGUUCUUUGCUCCUAAAGCGAUAAGAGACCCUAGACUCAAGUUGACCUAUAGCGAGAUCGAACCCUCGAUAAAGUAUGUGUUGGAUUCGCUUCGUGUGCGAGACGAUCUCAGCAAGGAAGAUGUCCAAUUAAUGCUUGCAUUGAGGCUGAUAAUGGGUCUUGUCUCCAUUGAUACUGAUGCUACGUCCAAGAUGCUGCAUCUUGCCAAAAAGGUGCGUUCCUUGAUUCCACUCACGAUAGAUUCUGUAAAUAGUACGCAGUAG